AAUCGUUGUUUCGAAAAGUGCAUCGUAUCGUGUUGUGUUGUGUUGUGUUAGGUCGUGUGUUCCCCAAAAGAUAGGAAAAGCAGAGCAAAGAUAAGGAAGAAGCAUCAGGUAUUAACGUGCGUCUCCUUACGAGUUGUGUUCUGCGACAAAAUCGAUUAAAAUAGUUUGAAUUGGAAUUGGGUAUAGAAAAUUAGGAUUAGGUUUAGAAUCAGAAUUAGGGAUUGUUGAAUUUUGUGUGAAGAUAUGCAGAUAGAGGCAUCAUGGGGGAGGGUGGAUCAAUGACUAAGCGCAGCAGCGGCAGCAACAGCCUUCUUCACAACCCUCUCGCUCUUCUUCUCCGAUCCUUCCACGGCAUGUCUUCCAUCGAAUACCGAUUCCGAUCGCCGUUCGAUUCCUAUGCCGUCGCUUGCGAGGCCUUUUCCGAACCUCACCCUCUUUGAUAUUUCACCUCUUAUCUUUCUCUCUCUCUAUCUCUUUCUCUCUCUCUAUAUCUAUCUAUCUUCGCGCCAUGGCCUCUUCCCACGCUAUCGAGAAAGACCCCACCUCCAGAUACGCUCGGUAUGAUGAAGUGCUGGGGAAAGGAGCCUUCAAGACUGUGUACAAAGCCUUUGACGAAGUAGAUGGAAUCGAGGUUGCAUGGAACAGGAUCAGCGCGGAGGACGUUGUGCAGACGCCGCUGCAGUUGGAGAAGUUAUACUCGGAGGUUCACUUGCUCAAGACCUUGAAGCACGACAAUGUCAUCAAGCUGUACAAUUAUUGGAUCGAUGAUAACACAGCCACUGUCAACAUGAUCACCGAGUUGUUCACCUCCGGGAGUUUGAGGCAGUACCGUAAGAAGCAUAAGAAUGUGGAUAUGAAAGCCAUUAAGAACUGGGCACGGCAGAUUCUCCGUGGCUUGUGUUUUCUGCACAGUCAGACUCCUCCUGUCAUUCACAGGGACCUGAAAUGUGACAAUAUUUUUGUCAAUGGGAAUAGUGGACUGGUUAAGAUCGGAGAUCUUGGAUUGGCAAUUGUUAUGCAACAACCUACUGCCCGUAGUGUCAUCGGUACACCGGAGUUCAUGGCCCCAGAGCUUUAUGAGGAGAACUACGAUGAACUUGUUGACAUAUAUUCCUUUGGUAUGUGCAUCUUGGAAAUGAUCACCUGCGAGUACCCAUACAGUGAAUGUAAAAAUCCAGCUCAGAUAUAUAAGAAAGUUACCUCUGGUAUAAAGCCUGCUGCUCUUGCUAAAGUAAAUGAUCCUGAAGUGAAGCAAUUCAUCGAGAAAUGUCUAGUUCCAGCGUCAGUGAGACUGUCGGCAUGUGAACUACUCAAAGACCCAUUCCUUGCGACUGAAAACGCAAAGGAGAUUAAUCUUGAUAUACUGCAGCUGCCUAAUAAUCCUCAUAUCAAAUUGAUGAAUCAACCAGUGUGCAAGCCUCAUCCCAUGGAGAUAGAUUUUAACUCCAGGCGUAGCUCACCAGGCUCGUCUGUGGGAAGAAUUGAGGAAAUUUCUCAGGUUUCAACUUUUGAUCUUGUGAAGAGGACUGAGAAUAACGAAUUUAGGCUAAGAGGGGAGAAAAAUGCUGAAAGUACAAUUUCACUUACACUGCGAAUUGCAGAUGCACGUGGUGGAGCAAGGAAUAUCCAUUUUCCAUUCUACAUCGAUUCUGAUACAGCAAUUUCCAUUGCUGAGGAGAUGGUGGAACAUCUGGAACUCACACAUGAGGAUGUAUCUGUCAUUGCAGAGCUAAUACAAGAUAUGAUUGUUAAGCUUGAGCCCAACUGGAAGCCUUUGUGUGAGAACCUCUCAUCUGGGACAGAUCAUUACAGGGCCCCUUCAGAAGUUCAGAAUGAACAGUUGAGCUGUCAUUGGCCAUUACAAUCAAGUGAUUACGAUAUGAAGACGAUGUAUGAGGAUCUAGUUCGUCAUGGGCCUGUGGAUGGAGGUUAUCAGGAGAAGCAAGAAUCUGUUAUGUCAGAUAUAUCAGCAGAGUGUGGGAUUACGAUUGCCUCAGAUUCUAAAGAUGUAGAACCUGACAUUUUUAUUUUUGAUGAAUUCUGGGAGGGGUUUGAUGUAUUCAAUUCCAAUUCAGAUGACAGGUUUAGUGGGCAAGAGGAUGGACAAAAGAAUCAUUCAGAGAACUCAGAAGGCUCUCUAAUCAAUUCAUGCUGCAGCCCAUCUAAAAACUUUGACAUGUCAAGCACUGGUUCUCUUAAUAUAGUUGACAAAGACCCUUCAGACGAUCUGCAGUUGGAGCUUGAAGCAAUAGAAACACAGUAUCAACAAUGCUUUCGUGAGCUUGUGAAGAUGAGGGAGGAAGCCAUAGAGAAUGCUAAAAGGAUGGAUAACAAGGAAGAAGAUACCGGUUACGUGAUGCAUUACGAUGAUUUUGUUUGAUUGUUUUUCUUUUUCUUUUUAAUAUUUUUUUGGCAUUCUUUAACAUCAUUCUAUUUCUGAUUGCUUGUACGUUUUGCUUUGAUGUUCUGAUUUUUUUGCUUGACGGGAUAUUAUUUUGUUGGGUAUGGGAUUAAUGGCUUGCAUAUGAUAGGCCGUGUUAAUUUUUAGAUACUAUUUGGAUGGUGACGAAGGAAAUAGAGCUAGUUUUUGAUUAAUUACUAUGUGAGUAUAUAAUAUCAUUUUUUUGAUUAA